AUGGCUGCGAAGCUGCUACAUUCAUUGGCGGAUGAAAACCCGGAAUUGCAGAAGCAAAUCGGAUGCAUGACCGCGAUUUUCCACGUCUUCGAUCCGCAUCAUAUGAUUACCGCCAAGCGUCUGAGCCAUCGGAAACUAGCAGCUGCAGGGAAUUCCCUGUUUAACAAUGGAGUCCUAGAAGGUGGUCCCAAUAAUGUAUACCAAAGCCACACCUCAAUUGAAACGAAUAUGGACAGAACCCUGUUUGAGAAACAAAGAAUCUCCACGGAGUCUUCGAGAGCCUCCUUCUCUUCGUCAUGUUCGUCUUCCAUGUCAUCCCUUGAUAGUAACAAGACACCUCAGCAAGAGGCCUCUUCCUUUGAUACAAUCCAUUUUCCCGAAACUCUGUCUAGGGAGACCAUGAUGAACAAACCAACUACUACUACUCAUUUAGGGUCACAAGGUGUUGUUGACCUUCGAGAUGUGGUCAAGGGCUCAAUGUAUCGAGAAGGUAGAGGACUAUCAGUUAAAGCAAUGAGCAGGGAGGAAGUAUUGGGCAGUGCUGUGAAGCAUAGAGAUUCCCCAAGGCCAUUUUCGAUUCCAAAUUCGAUGGACAGGUCUUAUGGUGUUGGGGUCAACGGAAAGCAAAACGUGUCUGCUGAUCUGGAGGAGUCUGUUAGAGGUCUUGCAAAACUUCAGGAAGCACCUUGGUAUUACAACAAUGAAGUUAGACAAGUUGAAAGAUCAUCAAGUGAAGCAAACGGCUCGUGGAAUUCAAUGUCAAGGGACACUCCUCGAUUUUCUUACGAUGGAAGGGAGACUAAUCGUUUCUCUUUUGAAUCAAGGGACACCUUCAAAUCUACACCAAAACUUAAAGAGCAACCAAGACUUUCUUUGGAUGGUAGAGAAAGGUCAAUGAAGGGUUCAAAGUACCUUGCUAAAGGUUUCCAUAAUAUUGACGACUUGAAUGGCAGAGUUACUAAUUCACCGCAAUCCCGCACCAGCCCUUCCAAUAUCGUAGCAAAGCUGAUGGGCUUGGGUCCACUGCCAGAUUCUUCCUCGACUGGUGAUGAGCAGUUAGUUGUGGUGAAAACCUGCAGUGUCGAGGGUAACAAUCCUUUCUCGCAGCCUCUUAGAUCAAACGAUCCAAACAGGCCAACACGCACUUCUAACAGCACAAGAAGCUCUUUAAAAGAUUCAACUUCACCACAGUGGAAAAAUCCCAACAAGAUCAUGAAGCCUGUUUCCAGUUCAAGGUUCCCUAUUGAGCCAGCACCAUGGAGACACGCGGAUGGAAUUCGAGGUUCUCAGAAACAUCUUAAGCUUGUAAAAGUUCCGCCCAAGACUCCAAAUUCUUCCCCAUCGGUUUAUAGUGAGAUCGAGAAAAGAUUGAAAGAUCUAGAGUUUAAACACUCUGGAAAGGAUCUUAGAGCUCUUAAACAGAUACUUGAAGCAAUGCAAGUGAAGGGCCUCCUCGAGACCGGGAAAGAAGAACAAACUGCAAACUUGUUGUCUCAAAGAAACUCUGAACCAAAAUGCACAAGCCCUGGUCAGAAUCUGAGAGGUCAGCGAAACCUGCAGAAUACUCGCAUCAACACUUCCACAACUAGAGGUUCAGAUUCUACGAGAACAUAUGAAUCUCCUAUUGUGGUCAUGAAACCUGCGAAACUUAUUGAUAAAGGUGGUAUGCAUGCUUCAACUGUAAUUCCCAUAGAUGACAUUUCCAGUCUCCCCAAGCUUCUGAGUGGGGCAUCUGUAGAUAAUAGGCAAGGUCCGAUAAGUAGUCGAUCAACUAGAGAUCAUACUGCCCAAAGCAGUCAAAGCACUUCGUCUGUCAGCUCUACUGAUAAGAGAGCUAGUAGUAGGAAUGACGGAUCCAUACAACCUUCAAGAAAACCUCCAAAAGGAAGCACAACAACUUCAAUAAAGAGUUCAGGAGGAUCCAGGAGCCCACGACUGCAGCGAAAAAUGCUUGAGUUGGACAGACGAUCUCGUCCGCCCACUCCACCAUCUGAUCCAAGCAAACCUGGAAGGCAACCCAACCGGAAUUUGUUGGAAUCAAGCUCCCCUGGAGGUAAUCGUAGACCAAAAUCUCACAACAUGCAGCAAUGUGACGACCAACUGAGUCGGCUAAGUUCCGAAUCAUGUACUUCGAGUCACCAAGGAGAUGAGAUAUCUCUGCAAUCAGACAGCAAUAUUAACUUGGAGUCCAAGUUAGAUAUGGAAGUCACCAGUCAUGAACGAUCUAUGAAAACCAAUAGUAGUCAAAGACCAUCCAUGAAUGCUGCCAAGUACUUGACUUCUGGCAUAAUGCAGAAAAAAUCAACAUCAAGACUGGUUGAGGAUGGAUCAGUUGCAGAACUUGCUAUGGCUGCUCCAGAACAUCUGAGACCGGUUUCUGUUCUUGACACCUCAGUUUAUAGAGAUGAUGCUUCAUCACCAGUAAAGCAGAUAUUGAACAUCCCAGAAGGUAUUGCUGCUGAAGGUUUCGAUGACGGACACAAAGAUGAGCAAUGGAACUCUGCAGAUAACUGCUUGUUGAAUAAUGUGGGGUCUGGUCCUGUCUCGGAGAUUAAUCGCAAGAAACUACAGAAGAUCGAGCAUUUGGUCCAAAAGCUUAGAAGACUGAACUCCACUCAUGAUGAAGCCGGUACAGAUUACAUUGCAUCACUUUGCGAUAAUGCAAAUUCGGAUCACAGAUACAUUUCUGAGAUAUUAUUAGCCUCUGGCCUUCUACUGAGAGACCUAGGUUCUGGUUCCACGAUGCUUCAGCUCCAUCCAUCAGGUCAUCCCAUCAACCCACAGCUAUUCUUCGUUUUGGAGCAAACCAAAGCGAGCUCUUUGCUAGCGAAAGAAGAUAGCAACUCUGGAAAGGUUUCGCUUUUAAAGCCAGAUCACAAGAAAUUCCAUCGGGGGCUUAUAUUUGAUUUGGUUAACAAGAUUCUUGUUGGAAAGUUAGCUUUAGCCGGAGCCUCUCCGGAGCCUUGGAUGAACUCCGGGAAGUUGGCAAGGAAGACCCUAAAUGCACAAAAGCUUUUGAAGGAACUCUGUACGGAGAUAGAGCUCCUUCAAGCCAAUAAAUCGAACAGCAACACAGACGAAGAGGAAUAUAGUCUGAAAAGCAUCUUGUGGGAAGAUGUUAUGUGUCGAUCCGAAAGCUGGACAGAUUUCAACCGCGAUAUUUCCACGAUGGUUCUCGAUGUUGAACGGUUGGUCUUCAAGGAUUUAGUCAACGAGGUCGUGAUCGGCUAAGGGGGUGUUUUGCAAUCUAAUCAACAACAACGUUGGAGGCGUCAGCCGUUUUCCAAGUAAACUGUUCGCAAAAUGUCUUGGUUAUUUCUUCAUCAUUCACCAUUGUUCUCCCUCUGUUCUGAUUUUUUUUUUCUUUGCACGAAAGUUCAAUAAUUCAUGGAUAAGAUUAAGAACUGCAGUCCUUUGUUAUAUCACAAAAAAUGUUACAUUUUAUCAGAUUAU